AUGGAGGAACCACCGCAUAUACACCAUUUGAGCCCAGAUGAAAUCCACGCAGAAAAAAUAUUCACGUCCUCAGUGAAACGUCUGGCAUCUGGUCGAUUUAGCAUUGCGCUACCAUUGAAACAUCCUAACCCAAUCCUCGGAGAUUCUCGGAGCAUGGCUCAAACACGAUUUCGGUACUUGGAACGCCGAUUGUCGCAAAAUGAAGAGCUUUCCCGACAAUAUAAGGAGUUCAUGAGAGAUUACCUAGUGAGUCAACAUAUGGAAGUAGUCCCAAUGAAUCAAAGAAUGACUCCAUAUUGUUACUACAUCCCACACCACUGCAUCAUGCGUCCUGAGAGUAAGACAACUAAACUCCGAGUCGUCUUUGAUGCAUCUGCCAAGACCACCACGGGACAAUCACUCAAUACCAACUUAUACACAGGUCGCAAGCUGCAACAGAACUUACCACGGAUUCUGAUUCGUGCCCGAGUACAUAAGGUUCUGUUUACAGCUGACAUCAAGCAAAUGUAUCGACAAAUUGAAAUUCAUUCUGAAGACCGUGAUUAUUUACGAAUUCUUUGGCGAUUUGAACCUGAUGAACCCAUAACAGAAUACCGCCCAGAUAGCAAAAUCAUGUUGAUAGAAUGUUUUUUGAAUGUUAGAAAUUUAAAAAUAAUGUUCCAAUAA